AUGGGAGUGUGCCUGAGGCUGCAGGCACUGACAGGCCUGGACAUCAGGGAAGACCCAGAUGCACUGCAUCAAUAUCUGAGUGAGCUAAAAACAGACUUGGCCGUGGAGUACCAAGUCACGCUCCGAAAAGACCAGCUGGACAGGAAGAGGUUUUUGAACAGGUUCCCUCUGGUAAAAUGAGAGCUAGAGGAGCUCAUAGGAAAGUUCCACGCGUUCGCAGACAAGGUUGACAAGGUCCACAGGGACUGCACCAUCUCCAACAUUGCGGCCAUCUCCACUGGCGCUGUGUCUGGUGUCCUGACCAUACUUGGCCUGGCUUUGGCACCCAUGACAGCGGGGGCGAGUCUGGCACUCUCGGCCACUGGGUUAGGGCUGGGAGCAGCGGCUGCUGUGACCAGUGUGUCCACCAGCAUUGUGGAACACGUCAGCACGUUGUCAGCAAAAACCGGAGUUAGUCGCCUGAUGUCAACGGCGUUCCUGGAGGCACUUAAGAUCAGCCCCCGAACUGUUGGCACAACAAAGAAAUUCACAGAAGCUGUGCAACGCAUUGGAAUGAAUAUCCGUGCCAUGGAGACGGUCAAAAGCAACCCUGGCUUAGCAGCCGACGCAAACGUCUUCAUCAGCAGUGGGAUAAUCUCAGUCCAAAGCAGCCAGCAGGAAGAGGUUACUUUCAAAGGCAGGGCUCUGGCAAUGACCAAAGGAGCCCGGAUUGUGGGUGCGGGCACUGCAGGUCUCUCCCUUCUGAUGGAAGUGGCCUUCCUGGUGAAAGAGGCAAAGCACUUGCACGAGGGGGCAAAGACGGAGCCGGCUGAAAGGCUGAGGCAGCAGGCCCGGGAGCUGGAGAAGAAGUUGGAGGUGCUCACCGGCAUCUAUGAGCGUCUGCAGUAG